AUGUCAGUCUGGUGUCAAAUUUGUAAUGAAAUGAAACCUUGCGACGAGGCGAUCCAAUUAAUUCCAUGUCUGCACACAUUUUGUCGCGCAUGCAUAAAAGAACUUGGACGAAAUCAGAAGAGUUGUCCAUCGAUGCAUUGUUAUUCGAAUAUCACUCCGCCAGAUUUGGUGAUUAGUACUUGUGAAGGUGAAAAAUGUCAGAAGAAAGUGACGACGGCGCCAGAAAUGUUGAGAACUGCUUGUAAUCAUGAUAUUUGUCAACAUUGUUUUGAUAUGGCUUGUCGGAAGUGAGUUGGAAAAAAGAGCAAAACCUAACAUUUUGGACACAUGUAAUUCAUAAGACCAGAAGUUUCCGGAGUUAUCUGAAGUCGGAAAAGUAUUAUCGAACUGACAAGGUUUUUCGGAAACGAAAAGUUCGCCUAGUCAUUCCUUUUCCGAUGUAAUUUCUCGUGAAUUUUGAUCGCUUCAAAAAUUCUUACAAGCACUCAAUUCUAGUCCUAAAAACCAUUGUCAUAACUACAAGAAAAUGCGAAUUUUUCGAGAAUAAAUUUCUACGUCAUAACUUGAAAGAUCAAACAUUCUUACAAUUUUGCCCAGAACCUCCCUCCCAAAGAAUCAGUAGACAUUAAAUUUCUUACAAUUUUCAGAGAAAAACUAGCGUGUCCUGCGCCAAAUUGUGGUGAGCCAAUGAUCGAUGAUGAGGAUUUGAUUUGCGACGGACCUUGUAAACAAAUCCUGGUUCACGAUAAAUCAGUUACAAUUCCUUGUUGUGGUGCAAAAAUGUGUGAAGAUUGUGCAGCCAACAAUACAAAAACAUCAGAUUUCUGCCCGCCUGGGAAGUGUAUUAUCAAGGAGACUGGAAAGAAAAAGAAGUCAGAUAUGGUAGAACAUUCCCUUAUUUUCAGAUAAUUUCAUCAAUUAAUUUGUUUCCAGCAAACUCGUCACACUUGUCUGUGCACUUUGAAUUGUGAAGGUGAAGUUCUUCGUAAUUUCCCAUCGGAAUUCGAAUGUGAACACGAUGUUUGUAUUGGAUGUAUAACUGCAAUGUUGAGUGAAUGUGAAAAGAAUGGAAAAUCACCGUGUUGUCCGAAUAAAACGUGCGGAAUUCCAUAUCGUUGUGAAAGUGUUUUGGCAUUACGCGCCCAAUUUCCGGAUAAAAAGGAUUAUUUUGCAAAGUUCUCGUUGAGUGUUCAGUUUUCGAUGCAGACUUUGAAGGAUGAAACUGUCACGGUAAGUUUGAGGAGAGGAAGAUUUUCAGAUUUUAAAAAAUUAGACCAAGAUCAUUCUAUUCUGAAAUGCUUCUGAGGUUACAGACUGCUGUAGAACUAAAGUUCCCCUUUCAAAAUUCCAGAAAAAAUACCCACCCAUUAUUAUUGUUUCAGGAAAUUGUCAUCAGUGAAAACUUUGAAAAAGAGCUCGCCGAACAAACCUUCACCAUCAAAGUUGGCGCAUGCGACGACGACGAAAAUGCUCAACGCCUAGAUUAUGUCAAAAACGGAACACUUGGUGAUUUGAUUCGCGAAGUUCGUCGAGUUCUCAAAAUUCUGGCCACCGAAAAAAUCUAUGGUUAUUAUCGAAGUGAGGAUGGAAAACAAGUGCCAUUAGAAGUCUCACAAAAAACCAUCAGGAAAACUUGCGACGAAUUGGGAAUCACUGAGAAAACCACGAUUUUAGUGGAUACUUCGGGAAUUGUUGGUGGAAAGAAAUGA